CGCGCGGGACGCGAACGUCGCGAAGUCAGUCACGGUCCGAGCGGCCGACCCGUCAGUCCCGCCCUCGGUUCAUUCGCGUUUUCGGUCAGUCUCCGUUCGGCAUUUCGAACGGUGAGGUGUGUGAAGCGCGUGCGCGCACCGUUUACUGUGGCGUACUGUGAGGUUAUGAUGGACGCGCCCGGCGGAGCGCGGGAGCCCCGCUUCGGGUCGCCGUAUGGGAUGGGUCUCCUGGGAGACGUGGGGGACAUGUACGGCGCGGGCCGGGCGCCGGGCUCGCUCGGCGGCUCGCUGCGGCCGGGGCUGCAGCCCUGCCCGGGCCCGCGCGGCGUCAAGCGGCCCUCCGACCAGUGCUACGAUGACCGCCCUUCCCAGAGCCUAGGGCUCGACCACUGCCCCAUGCCGGACAUAGCGGACGAUGGCUAUGCAUCUCUCCAGCCCAAGAAAUCACCUCCGUCUAAUGGCAAGAAGACCAAAGGCCGAGUUAAGAUCAAGAUGGAAUACAUAGACAACAAACUACGGCGGUACACCACGUUCUCCAAGAGAAAGACGGGCAUAAUGAAGAAGGCGUACGAACUGUCAACCCUUACGGGCACACAAGUGAUGCUACUAGUGGCCUCGGAAACGGGGCAUGUGUACACGUUCGCGACGCGGAAGCUGCAGCCCAUGAUCACCUCGGACUCGGGCAAGCGGCUCAUCCAGACGUGCCUCAACUCGCCCGACCCGCCCACCACCAGCGAGCAGCGCAUGGCCGCCACCGGCUUCGAGGAGACCGAGCUCACCUAUAACGUAGAUAACGAGGACAUGAAGGAGGAAGAGCCGACAGUCAAAGAACGUUGCAAGGACGAGCCAGCGUCAUCAGGAGACAGUGGGGACGAAAGCGGCAGCGACCCCGAGUCUCCAAGUGACAAGCUGAACCAAGCGGCUUUCAAGCAGGAGUGGGCUUGCAAUAGCAGUACUGAACGGGAAGGCGGUAGCAGGGAACCACAAGCAUCCACAUCCUCGACGACUCAAGAAGCAGACAGCAGUAAAUCCAGCCAACCGACGAUGCCAAAGAUCUUGCCAAAGAUAGACUUGCCAGGGGGCGCCAUGUUGUACCCAGGAGUGUUAGCCGGAGUGGGACUCGACGGGUUGGGUUCGAACCUGGGCCUGGGUAAUUUGGCCAUGGGGUAUCCGCAUAGUUUUAUAUUGGGACUUGCUAACCAGGGACAGGAAGGAGCGUCAUCAUCAAACCAGCCUCAGUUCAUAACUAUCCCGCUGUCGAUGGCGAUGGGAAACCCGCAAGCUCCUAACGGCUGCCCAAGUGCCUCGAGCGAUGACAGCAGCGAGCUUCAAGACCUUAGCACCGGUGGGAGGAAGUGAGAUGGCGAACAAGUGUUAAAGUAUUAAUAAUUGCUCUUAUUAUUUUCAAACACUAUUAUUGUCAGGAUUUUAUUUAUAUCAAUCACAAAAUGCGUCAUAAACAUCAUUGUCAUAAUUUCAUAACAUUUUAUCUCAAAUUAAAAUUGGAUUUGAAGUUUAUUAGUUAUAGAUAUGAGUUAUUGUAUGUGUAAUAUACUGUGUACUUAAACUUGCCUAAAUAUAUUUGUAUAAUUAAACCACUGAAAGUAUCAUAUAAGCAUUAUGUAACAUGUAUAAAUGAAUUUAUCGCAAACCAGGUUUGCAAUUUUUUUUAUAGGUACUUUUUACCCAGGGUGUUUUGAAAAAAAAAAUGCUAUUUUUAUACAAAUCCGUAUAAAGUACCUUAUUGUUAAAAGCAGUGUUUGAGUGUUUAACAAAAAUAAUACUUGUCUGUCCGAUAUUUUUAUCCAUAAAUGUACCGUUCAAAUGCAGAUUAAAAACAGCCCAUUCACACGGUACGAAAAGUCGCUUGCGAGUUUCAUUACAUUCCGUGAUUUGAUUGGUGUACUAAAUUGAAUGUAACCAGUAACCAAAUUGAAUGUAGCCAAAAUUGCAUACGUGUUUGUGCGCUGUGUAAAUGGGCCCUAAAGCAUUUUUUUGGGAAAAUUCAUGACAUUUGCAAUAUUGCUCUUGUUUGAAUCCGAACGGUACCUCACUGCAUUUCCUAUGGUUUUAACCCCUGGAACGCCGUUGUCAAAAAUUUGCUACUGAAUUAAUAACCUUCAAUCUGUUAAUUACAGUUUAAAUUUUCUGGGACAGAUCUGGAACAAGGCAGUUGAGGGAUUAAAAAGAA